GCGUUCCAAGGCCCACCGGGAAAGUUCCCCAACAACUUCGCGCUGCUGCAGCUUCUCGGAGAUGUGAAAUGCGGCGCCGCCGCCUCUCCCAAGUGCUGGGCCGAGCACGAUGUCCUGGCCGUCGGCGCGGCUCUGAAGCGACGCUUGGAGGAGGGUGUGCUGUCGCGGGCUGCCGGCCAGCUCAGGGGCCUUCAGGACCAGGUCCAGGAGGAGCAGGCCGCGCAGGCCCUCACCUUACUGGGCGGCCAGUCCUGGGGCCUGACACUGCGGGGCGGGGACCGCGUGUUCUCGGGGACCCUGGCAGACGCCGAGGACCCCGUGACGCAGGCCGUGCUGCUCGGCGUGGUGGCCAAGGCAGGACUAACGGAGGCCACAAGCAGCGAGGGAAAAUAUGAGGUCCAUUGGGACACGGACCGAACCAAUUCGGCCAAGGCCAAGGAUCAGGCUGACAACGUGGAAUUAGUUCGUGGGGUGGAACGGCUGAUCAACGUGGACUGUUCUCACCAUGCCCUCCUCGAGGUGCUGCAGGCGGCUGCGUCGACAGUGGAACACCUGAGUGUAUCCAUGGCCACCGCUGCUGCGCUCCGCGAGACCUGCGCCAUGCCGCGACUCAAAAGACUACAAGUGAUCCGGUGCAGUCUUGACUUUGCCGACAAGGACGAUGACGAUGCAGCUCCUGGUCCUGGUGCUGUUCCCCUGCCACCACUCCCCGGCGGACAAGCGCGCCUGCAGUGGCUGCAGGUGCUGGCCCCGCGCCGCGCCCUCCUGGAACUCCUGCUGCCGGCCCAUCGCCUCACGCUGGAGGUGCUGCAGCUGGACAGCUGUUCCGACAAUUAUUCUAAAAUGACGUGCA